AUGGAGUUUUGGGGUGUGGAAGUUAAGGCUGGUGAGUCCGUUAAGGUCUUUGAUGAAAAGUUUUCAGUCAUACAUAUUUCUCAGGCGGCUCUAGGCGGCGAUCUAAAUGGAGAAGACAAGGGUUUAUUAAUCCCUCUUCGUGUAAAGAUAGAAGGAAACACGUUCAUUAUGGGAUCACUAUCCGUCGAAAACUUUCCUCAAGUUUUCUUUGACCUAGUUUUCGAUAAAGAGUUUGAAUUGUCUCACGAUUCCAAGCAUGCCAGUGUCCACUUUAUUGGAUAUAAGGCUAUGGUAGAUGAUGAUGAUUUUUCAUCAUCUGAUGAUUCUGAUCAGGAUGAUUUGAUCGCAGCAAAAACAACAACAAAAGAUGAUGGUACGUAA